CACCUUCUGCCAUACAAUCCGCCCUGCACACUCAGGUCCUUUGGGGACAACUUACUUCAGUCAGCCAAAACUAGGCUGACAACUGUUACCCAGAGGACUUUUCUUCUGUCGCCCCCAGACUGUGGAAUAGCCUGCCGGAGGAGAUUCGUUAACUUAACACUCUCUCUGAGUUUAAGACAGCCAUAAAGACUAAUCUCUUCCGGAAGGCUUACCAGAUGAAUAAGGGAAAAGUUGCUUGUGCAUCUCUGUGUUGUUGCCAGAGCCAAAGUGAUUGGCAAGAGGAAAAGUCCCUUGUAGAGGAGUUUGGACAGACUUAAAGCAGGAAUCCUGACAUACAUGGCGACUGCAGGGAAGGUGAUUAAAUGCAAGGCUGCAAUCAUCUGGGAAGCUGGCAAAGGACUUUCUGUUGAAGAGGUGGAGGUGGCGCCACCAAGAAAUCACGAAAUUCGAGUGAAGAUAGUGGCCACCGGGAUCUGUCGGACAGAUGAUCAUGUAUUGAAAGGUACUUUUCCUAACAUAGACUACCCGGUUAUUGUCGGCCAUGAAGGAGCUGGGAUUGUUGAAAGCGUUGGACCUGAAGUCACUUGCGUAAAACCUGGUGACAAAGUAAUUCCUCUUUGCGUUCCCCAGUGUGGAGAAUGCAGCUGCUGUUUGAGUCCGAAAACUAACUGUUGCGUCAAGUCCCACCUCUUCAAUCCUCUUCAAAACCUGAUGCCAGACAAGACCAGCAGGUUCACCUGCAAAGGGAAACAGAUUCACCACUUCCUAUGGACAAGCACCUUCUCCGAAUACACGGUUAUACCUGAAGCUGCCAUUGUAAAAAUCGACAAUGAUGCCCCUCUGGAUAAAGUCUGCCUCUUUGGCUGUGGGUUUUCUACUGGCUAUGGUACUGCUAUCAAUUGUGCCAAAGUUGAACCUGGUUCGACGUGUGCCAUCUUUGGCUUGGGAGGUGUCGGUCUGUCAGUUGUCAUGGGCUGCAAAGCAGCUGGAGCGUCCAGAAUUAUUGGAAUUGACAUCAACAAAGAUAAGUUUGCUAAGGCCAAAGAGGUAGGAGCCACUGAGUGCAUCGCUCCUCAAGAUUUCAAGAAGCCCAUUAAUGAGGUGCUUGUGGAGAUGACUGGUCUUGGCGUGGACUUUGCAUUUGAAGUGAUUGGACGCACUGAUACCGAGGUUGCAGCUCUCGCAUCCUGCCACUUCGGACAUGGAAUCUGCGUGCUGGUUGGAGAGCCUCCUGCAGGAUCACAGCUGUCCUUCGACCCUACUCUUCUCCUCAGAGGGAAGAAACUGAUUGGUUGUUUGCUUGGAGGUUGGAAGUUAAAAGAUGCACUCCCUAAACUGGUUUCUGAUUACAUGAAAAAUAAAUUUAAUACGGAUGCAUUAAUAUCUCACGUAUUACCAUUUGAGAAAAUUGGGGAAGGCUUUGAGCUUCUCUACUCUGGUAAAAGUAUUCGCUCCGUCUUGUUGUUUUAACGAAGCUGCAGAUCCUUUCCAUACCUGACCAAAUUCAACAGAAUUACAACUAAUGCUAAUGUUUAUCUGUAUCAAACCUGCUGAGGUUUACAACCAAUAAAGUUUGGCAGGCUGAUGUGAAAAACAUUUAGACCCUAUUCUCCUAGCCAGAUUCCAAAUCCAAAAAUAAGCCCUCCUUAGAGAAAAAAAUAUCUGCGACAUCUUUGCUUGCAAUCAUCCCCAUGCCUCCUUCCUAGUUGAUAAGCACUUUGAAGAAGUUGUGUUACUUUUGAAACAGUCUACUGGCUUGACAUUUCAAGAGUGGAAGCAACAUGGUACCCUCCAUUUGUUUUGGACUACAACUCCCAUAAUCCCUGACCACUGACUUUGCUGGCUGGGAGUUGUAGUCCAAAACAUCUGGAAGGCACCAGGUUACCUCUUUGCAGAUGAGAGCCCUUAUCUGCUAAUUGUGUAAUGCACUUUUUGAGAAUGGGUGGUGGCAGCAGCAAUAUAGAGACUAUUUCCCUUUCAAGGAUUGAUUCCAGAUUUUUUCUUUAUUGGCACAAAGAUGCAUUUAACUGUGUAAAUAAAUAUUCUAAUGAACUCCCAUUUGUGACACCUCCUUUAGCUGUGUGCAUAUAUAUUUAGCUGUGUAACCCUUAACCAUUUCAAAGCUGAAACCUGAACUUGGCAGCUUUAAGCCAGUCAGAAGAGUGGUUUCUUUUAACUUGUAACACUGGCCUAAGGAUAUACUUGUAAAUAUAUUGUGAUAUAUUCAGUGCUGGAACAUGGUCUUAUCUAUAGCCAGGUGCUUUAAAAAUAUUCUUUAAGAGGUAGUAAUCAAAGUAAACAAGCCACUACUGGCCCAAAGAAACAACAUUCACCUUCUGUGGUAUUUUCCAUUCUUAUUGCUUAAGUUCUGAACAUAAAAAAAAACUCCACCCCCCAACAAAUACAGCAAAAAAGCUGCAUUUUAAGCAAUUGCCUGUGCAUUUUUAAAAAAAUGUUCAAACGUCUUGUUAUUAAAACAAUAUCCGACUGAACUACUGAAAUGUUUGCAUUGUCAGUUCAUUUAACAGGGAUAUAAGCUUAGAUUUAGGGGGGAAAGAAAGCAGUCUUGCCUGUGAAUCAUUGUAUGUAGAGGUUAGAAUGCUGGACUGGAACUUGGGAAAUUUGGGUUCUAGUCUUCACUC